UUUAAACUCAUUCAAUCAAUUAGCAACUUCUCAUUCGCGGCUUGUCUGUGACAGCUGCUUAUCCAUUGCCACCACUGAUAUUGUCAUCAAAACUACCUGAUCUGACGACCUUCCACGAAUCCGACUUCCACCAUGCAUACUUCCACGUGGACAUCCUUGCUUUUCCUCGGACUGGCAAAUCUUGUGCCUGAAGCGUCAGCCAGGCCGUCGUCUUGCCCUCCGCCACUCAAGCCCGGCAAGGCCCUCUACAUGAUCAGCAAUGGAGCGCGCAACAGCGUGAUUGCUCUGCCCAUCAACAGCAACGGAUUGCUGGGCCAGGGAACCAGCACCCCGACCGACGGCUGGGGCUCCAACUUUGUUACUAUCACUAAUAACAAGAAGGAGGCUGCAGGCCCCGAUGCUCUGGCUUCUCAGGCGGCCUUGACCAUCUCUGGCAACUAUCUGUUUGCCGUCAACCCCGGAUCCAACACGGUUACCAUGUUCUCCAUCGACCCUAAGAACCCAUUGAAGCUCACCAUGCUCGGUCAGCCAGUCCCUGUCCUCGGUGACUUUCCCAACACCGUUGCGGCAUCGGCCAAGAACAAUAUUGUCUGUGUUGGGUCAUCCGGCGCAAAAUCCGGUAUUGCCUGUGCACCCUUCUCUGCCCGUGGAAUCGGCAAGAUGGACCAGCUUCGUCCAGUUGGCUUGAAGCAGACAACGCCGCCUGUUGGGCCCACCCUCACCGUCUCUCAGGUGUUCUUUUCCGGGGAUGAAGAGACGCUGUUCACCACUGUCAAGGGUGACCCCACGACCAAUGUUACGGGAACACUGGGUGUCUUCCCUGUUGAUCAGCCUUGUGAUACCCGUGACGCUGCCACUGUUAGCACGGAUGGCAAGCUGACCAAGGUGGACGGAACCGUCGUCCUCUUCGGUUCAUCCACUAUCCAGAAUUCUACGGACAUUUUCGUGACUGACCCUGCAUUCGGAGCCGCUGUGCUAUCUGUUGAUGCCGAAUCUGGUGCCGCCAGUAUCAAGGGCAAGGCCACCAUCGAGGGUCAGAAAGCUACAUGCUGGGUUGCCAUUUCUCCCGACACAAACACUGCAUUUGUUACAGACGUUAGCUCUAACCGCAUUGUCGAGGUAUCUACAACUGAUGCUAGCAUCAAGUCUGUCACUGAUCUCAGUGCCAACGGCGACCCCGGCUUGAUUGAUCUGCGAGCUGCUGGCAGCUUCAUCUACGCCCUGAGCCCUGGUAACGGAACCACUUUGCCUGCGGUUACCGUGAUGGAUGCCAGGAGCAAGAAGCAGGUUCAGCAUUUCCAGAUCAAGGGGCUCGGCGCGAGCAAGAGCACCCAGGGUGCCGCCGUGUUGCUGUAAAAAGUGUUCAGUCAAUUACUGUUUUGAUUUGUUCAAGUAUGUGUUUUAAAGGGGGAAAAUAUUAAAGCUGUGCUUUAACAUGUAACUUAGAUUUAACCAGAGUUUCCUUUAUAUUUCUUAGUCUUUUUCCUUUUUGCGUUCUGUUAGAUAGGCACAUGUAUAUAAUAAAUUGGCAGUCUAGAACUUGCUUGACAAGGUUACAUCAAUGCAGAACUGAUGCU